CACGUUCAUUUAGUUCAAACCUGACUUGGUUAAUUAACCGAAUUUAACCAGAACCGUUCGAUCCACAUGCUUUGAAAAAAAAAAUCUUGAAAUAGUGUUGGUUUGUGUAGGGUGGGGUUGGGUUGCUGUUAUAGAUGGAUCAAAUUCACACGCAAUUGUCCAAUUCUCCACCAUAACUACACUUUCAUCAAUGCACCAAUAUUCACUUCAAUCUCCAUAUUACUGGUUACAAAUUCCCCUUUUUCAGGCUUCUUUUUUCUUCAUUUUCUUCAAAUUUCUGCUUUAAUUUCUUCACCAACUGCAAUUCCUUCAUCUUCAAGAAACUUGUUGAUAUGGAAAUCCUAUCCAGUCAUUCAGCUCCAUGUUACCCGAUCGUAAAUUCGCGAAAAUCGGUUUCCGAUAGAAGAAAGCCUAAAUUUGAUCAUGGUUAUGUGAGAUCAGAACUAUGGCCUUUGAAUAACCAUAACCAUAACCAUAAUCAUAACUCAUCUGGCUUUUAUUUAAACGGUCAUAACAGAACGUUUAAGUCAACGCCGAUACGCGCUCUUAAGGCGGACGAGGGCGUUAUCGAUGCGAAGGAAGUUCUAGAAGACAUGACGAAAAGACGGGGGUCGAUACCGAAGGUCUUGAUACCGGGAUUACCUGAUGAUUCUAGAGGUGAAAUUAGCGCUCCGAUUAGUAGUGGUAGUUGGGAGUGGAAACCGAAAUUUAAUAUCCAUUACGAACGAUCGGGCUCGAAAAAGAACGGUGCGCCACAGGUUCUGUUUCUUCCGGGAUUUGGCGUUGGAUCGUUUCAUUAUGAAAAGCAGUUGAAGGAUCUCGGUCAGGAUUAUGGGGUGUGGGCGAUUGAUUUUCUCGGUCAGGGUAUGUCGUUGGCGCGUGAGGAUCCUACACGACAGCAGCAACAGGACGGUGAUCAAGGUGAUGAUCCGUUUUGGGGGUUCGGAGAUGAGACCGAACCUUGGGCCGACAACCUUGUUUAUUCUAUCGACUUGUGGCAAGAACAAGUAGCCUAUUUUAUACAAGAGGUUAUUAAGGAACCGAUUUACAUUGUGGGGAAUUCACUUGGGGGAUACGUUGCGCUUUACUUUGCCGCAUGUAAUCCUCAUUUAGUGAAGGGUGUUACGCUACUCAACGCCACGCCAUUUUGGGGGUUCUUCCCGAAUCCUACAAGAAACCCGAGACUGUCGGAAAUGUUUCCGUCAGCCGGGACGUUUCCUCUUCCUCUACGUGUCAGAAAAAUCAUAGAAUUUGUUUGGGAGAAGAUAAGGGAUCCUAGAAGCAUUAGGGAGAUACUAAAGCAAGUUUAUGCCGAUCAUUCAACGAACAUAGAUAAAGUGUUUUCUCGUAUACUUGAAAUAACCGAACAUCCCGCAGCUUUGGCAUCGUUUGCGUCGAUAAUGUUGGCUCCUCAAGGGAAACUGUCUUUCGGGGAGGCUUUAUCUAGAUGUAAAGCUCAAGAUGUGCCCAUUUGCCUCAUGUAUGGAAAAGAAGACCCUUGGGUGAGACCCGUUUGGGGUCUACAGGUGAAGAAGAAGUUGCCCGAAGCUCCUUAUUAUCAAAUAAGCCCCGCAGGCCAUUGUCCUCAUGAUGAAGUUCCUGAGGUAGUAAAUUAUCUACUACGCGGGUGGAUAAAAAACUUGGAGUCACAAGGUUUUGUGGCGUUGCCGCUGGUUGAUGAUGAAAGCGGUCGGUUUGAUGUCGCCAAGGAUUUGGAAUAUGUGAGAGACGGGAAAAAGAGAUCGGUGAGGGUACAGUUUUACGGAUCGGAGACAUCAAUCUGGAGCAGGUUGACUUCUUAUUUCAACACCCAAUUUCAAGAUGUCAAGAUUAAGUUCAUGUGAUGGAUAUUGUUAAGCACAUAUGCAUAUAAUGUGAAAAUACUCUUGUGUAGUAAUCAUAUUUUUUAGAUGUAUAUAAACUAGAGGAUUUGAAUGGAUAUUUUUAACUUCUUGUUGGCCAUA